CUCAGGCAUGUAUACAGGAGGAAGUGCUACGAGGAAGUAACGCUAAAAUCCAUCCGCAAAAGCAAAGGAUCCCAAAGUUUAGCAUGGCGUUCUCCAGUUUUAUUCCGAACAUGAAGUUUACUGUCUGUCUGGUGUUCCUUACUGCGGGCUUCACUUCAGGCCAGUCCGUCCAGGGGGUGCCAGCUCAGAGCUGCUCGUCUCAAGGCCCGCCAGGUAUUCCCGGGAGAGACGGCCGUGAUGGUCGCGACUGUCCCUGCAGCUGUGGAACAAAGGACGCAGAUAUAGAUGAACUGCGACAGAAGUAUCAGGUGCUGGAACAGAAGCUGUCAGCGUUGGAGAAUAAAACGGAGACCACAUCCGGGCCUUGCUCAGAAGAUACAUGUAAGACACCGUCCAGCUGCACUGAAGUAGCAGAAAGAAGUGGAAUCAACAACCAGGCAUUCUACGUCAUCGACCCUGAUGGACCAGAACGGGGGGUCCUGCCGAUGGUUGUUCAGUGUGAUGUUCAGGGAGAUAAAAUAAUCACCCUGAUUGGCCACGACAGUGAGGCACGGACACAUGUGAAUGGAAUUGAGGCUAAUGGUGGCCACUCUACGGAUGUGACGUACUGGAAUAGCAUGGACCAAGUGAGAGCUGUGGUGGACAAGUCAAGUUUGUGCAAACAGCACAUCAAGUAUGAAUGCCAUGCCUCAUUGAUCUGGCACGCAUCUGGUCCAGCCGCCGCCUGGUGGGUGACUUGGGAUGGUCGUCAGGCUGACUACUGGGGAGGUGCCAGUCCUGGGAGUGGGCAGUGUGCCUGUGGACAAGCAGGCACAUGCGCAAAGGGAUGCAACUGUGAUGCCAAUGACUCCACCUGGCGUGAGGAUUCUGGGUUCCUGUCCCACAAGGAUGACCUGCCAGUCACCCAGCUCAGGUUUGGGGACACCGGUGCUGGUAAUGAAGAAGACUACCUGGAAGAAACGGAGACUUGUUACAAAUGUGAUGAUGAGGUGGCCAGCCUAAAGGAGGUCAUUGCCAACCAGUCCGCACUUCUAGCACAACAGGCCGGACAUCUAGCACAACAGGCCGGACAACUAGCACAGCAGGCCGGACAACUAGCACAACAGGCCGGACUCAUCUCAUCUCUGCAGAGUGGCCUGGACAGUGUUGUCGCACGGGUGGACAGUGCCGAGCAGUUCAUGAAUACAUGUAACACACCGUCCAACUGCACUGAAGUAGCAGAAAGAAGUGGAAUCAACAACCAGGCAUUCUACGUCAUCGACCCUGAUGGACCAGAACGGGGGGUCCUGCCGAUGGUUGUUCAGUGUGAUCUUCAGGGAGAUAAAAUAAUCACCCUGAUUGGCCACGACAGUGAGGCACGGACACAUGUGAAUGGGUUGGAGGGACAAGGUUCCUACUCCAAGGAUGUGACAUACUGGAAUAGCAUGGAACAAGUGAGAGCUGUGGUGGACAAGUCAAGUCUCUGCAAACAGCACAUCAAGUAUGAAUGCCAUGGCUCAGUGAUCUGGAGCUCAUCUGCCACACCCUACGCCUGGUGGGUGACUUGGAAUGGCCGCCAGGCUGACUACUGGGGAGGUGCCAGUCCUGGGAGUGGGAAAUGUGCCUGUGGACAAUCAGGCACAUGCUCUGGUAGAUGCAACUGUGAUGCCAAUGAUGCCACCUGGCGUGAGGAUUCUGGGUUCCUGUCCCACAAGGAUGACCUGCCAGUCACCCAGCUCAGGUUUGGGGACACUGGUGAUGGUUCUGAAGAAGGUUACUACACCCUGGGGAAACUCAUCUGCUACCCCUGAGUC